GAUUUCGCUUCCCUGGGCGUUUAGUCGAAGAGGGAAGAAGAUAAAGGGAAGAAAAGCUUGUUGCUGUUAAAGAAUGUAAAUUAUUCAAUGAAUAAAAAACCUCUGAGUGAAAUAAACCGACAGUUUUUAUGUGUGAAGGUUUUUUAUCAUGAGGAGAGUCACGCUGUUUGUUAACGGAACCUCCACUAACGGAAAGGUAAGAUGCGGAGAUAAAAAAAGAGGGAAAUAGGUGUGUUAUUGUUAGCAUCGUUAUUAGCUCACCUGAAGUUAGCUCACACCUGAAGCUCGUUUCAGGUAGUUUUGAUGUUAUUCCGCUCUCUAAGGGGGUUUUUAUGGGGGUUAUCUUACAGGUGGUGGCUGUGUACGGGUCUCUGGAGGAUUUACUGUCUGUGGCCAGUUCCAAACUGGGAAUAAGAGCCUCUAGUGUUUAUAACGGGAACGGAGGACUGAUAGACGACAUCACGUUAAUCAGGUGAGACAAGAAAAUACAGGUAAACACUGAGCAUUAAUGCACAGAGAGGAACGUACUCAGACUGCACUGACAAACCAGUAAAAGUACUUAAAGUUAAACUGCUGGAUUAGUUUUUCCUUUAUUUACACUCUGGUGUCUUUACUUUCAGAGACGAUGAUGUGCUUUACAUAUCAGAGGGAGAGUCAUCUGAAGGUAAGUUAGACCAGUUGUGAAUGAAGUCAGUUUCAAAGCAGGACUCACUGUUGUAAUCCCUGUAGUCAGAAUGUGGUUUUUAUGAAUGACCUUUUAUAUCCAACAGUUAAGUCAUGUAACUAACCUGUUGGAAAUUCACUUCAUUAGUUGGAGAUGAUCCUCCAGCUGUUUUUAAGCAUUCGUGUUUUUUAUUUAUUUGUAUUUAUUUAUUUAUCACAGAUUAAAAACAGUGCAAGGAGGGAACGAAGCCGAUAGGCUUAUACCGUGUUCCACUCCCGUCAGAGCAGUGAAGGUGUAGGGUUCAAAUAACAAAGUAACUAGGACAUAGACAUAGGGAGUGGAACUUUUGUAUAAGCCUAUCGGCUUUGUUCCCUCCCUGCACUGUUUUUAAUCUGUGCUAAAUAAACAAAUACAAAUACAAAACAUAUACAAAUUGUCCUAAAUAGAAUACAGACUCAUCAUCAAACAGUGAUAAAGACAAUAUAAGUAUACAUAAAAAGAAAAGAAACAUGAUCAUUACAAAUAAUGUGCUUAAGACAUGAUUAGAUGAGAUUUUAAUGAUAUUUUAAAGCAUUUGAAGGAUAAUAUUAAUUUUAGAGAUCCAUCCAGAUCAUUCCAUGGUUUCGGACCUCUGAAAGUGAUGUUAGACUGAUGACUAGAAGUUCGACAUGAAGGUAACUGAAAAUGGUCAUUUUGUCUUGUUGAGUACGGGUGAAGCUCGGAAGAAAAGGUAAAAAAGUUUCUGAAAGUUUCAGGAAGGUCUGGUCUCCUAUUGAUGAACUUAGGACAAACAAGAGUGAAAGACAUUGAGUUUGUUGAUCGGUAAGGUUGAGUAUUUAGAAAAGAGAGGUGCAGAAGGUUCGUGUUUGCUGGAUCGAGAUAUCAUUCUUAAGAAUCUUUCCUGGAUUAAUAAUAUUUUCUUGAGGUGAGUUGGAUACGUUGCACACCAUACAAUAUUACAAUAGUUCAUAUAAGAAAAUAGGAAGCUAUAAUACAAAGACAAGUGAGCAGAGGGAUUGAUCAGUGGACACACCUUAUUGAUUUUACCGAGGCUCUUCAUUGACCUUUUGCAUACUUGACUGACAUGAAUGUUCCACUUUAGACCCUCAUCAAGAACAACACCCAAAAAGGUGGUGUGAGGUACUUGAGAGAUUUUAGUACCAUUAAUUGAUAUUUCUUCUUUUGCAAAAGUUUAGUUUUUGUUGCAAUUACACAACUCUUUACCUGUUUGGUUGAGUAUCUCAUAUGUUGUCUUUGCACAGUCUUUUAUUAAAUAAAAGUAAAACUUCAUGUGACUCCUCUUCUCUGUGUCAAGAUCCUCAGGACGACUUGAGCAGUCCUGAAAAGUGUCAGACUCACACUGAUUGGCUGACGCUGAAUGUUGGCGGACGCUGCUUCACAACAACAAGGUAAUGUUACUAAAUUGGACCUCAUUUCUUCAGUUUAUAAACUCACUAUCCUGUUUGAGCUGCUCUGGUUUGUUCAACUUUGAGUAAAAGUUGGUUAAUAAUUAAAAAUAAAUGAUUAUACUGAUAGAAUUUGACACAAUUUUUGUAAAACUUUCCAAACUCACACAAACAUGUCAGUCCAAAACAAACCUGUAAGUAGAAACAUGAUCACGGUACUUCCUUGAGCUCUAGAACUUUGUUGUUUUGCAUGUUUUCAUUUCUUUAAAGUAUUCUCUUUGUCUAAAGGAAACCAGUUUUGUGUUGACUUUUAGUUUUUGUAGUUAAUUUGUACUUUGUAAUUUCGCAGCACAUGUUCCAGCUCUUUCAAACAUCCUGAAGGUCAUGUUAGUCAUCAUGCAUCAGUCAGUGUUGUUUGUAUUUUAGAUCAGUCUGAAAACCAUUUUACAAACAAAAACUGGUCUUAAUCACAAACCAAAGUCUGUGUGUUUUUCCUCAGGAGUACGCUGGUCAGUAAAGAGCCUGAGAGCAUGUUGGCUCACAUGUUCAGAGAGAAAGGUGACUGAUGAAUUAAACUUUGAUUAAAGAAAAUAAUCGAUCUUUUUACUGUGUUUAUUCUUUAAUCAUCUUCUCAUCUUUGUUUUUCUUUAAGAUGUUUGGGGGAACAAGCGGGACUCUCAGGGGGCGUACCUGAUCGACCGCAGUCCAGACUACUUUGAGCCCAUCCUGAACUACCUGAGACACGGACAGCUCAUCAUCAACGAGGGCAUCAACCCUCUGGGUAACACAGACGCUCUUUUUAAAGCAUGUACCGAAGGUCAAAGGUCAGAGCUCUCUUUAAUGCUCACUCUCUGGUCUGCAGGUGUGCUGGAGGAGGCUCGGUUCUUCGGUAUCGAGCAGCUCGCAGAGCAGCUGGAGACCCUCAUAAAGGUGUGAGCAGUCCUGAAGUCAAAGAUUAAAACAACACAGAGAGGAAAGUUGACCGUGGAUCAGAUUCAGUGAGAGAGAGAAAGUUUGAACAUCCAUAAAAAGAAAUCAACACUGAGUAGAUUACAGUCGAACCCUUUGGUCUGGUGUUGGUUCGGUUUGAGUACCAGUCUAACUGGAUUGGAUCAAAUCUUAAAGAAGAGGUCGGUCAAACUUAAGUAUGAAGUCUGCACUCUUAUUUAGAGCACUGGUAAUCUGGAUUUGGUAAUCUUGUGAAGUCUGAUCCAGUCUCCCUGAUAAAGGAUGUUAAAGAAGUGGGUUUCAGUAAAGUCAGUGUCAGUGUUUGAAACUCACUAAAAGGAAUUCAAAGUCAAACUUAAAAGUGUGGUUGGUUUAACUUUAGUGAAUAUGUCUGGUUAAGUCCUCUCAGCCUCCCGACGAUCACUCUCCUCUCAGCCGUAAAGAGUUCAUCAGGUUCCUGCUCGCCACGACCACCAAGUCCGAGCUGCGCUGUCAGGUAAACUGAGCAAACACUGAAAAAACACAAACAGGUUUAUAAACUCCCGUACAUGAGAAGAAUGUCUCUUGAGUUAUGAAGCGGUUUUCUGUGUCUGUGAUGGAUCAGGGUCUGAACUUCACCGGAGCGGAUCUAUCUCGUCUGGAUCUGCGCUACAUCAACUUUAAAAUGGCCAACCUGAGAGGAACCAACCUGACCCACGCUAACCUGAGCGGAGCCAACCUGGAGAGAGCCGAUCUGUCCAUGGCCUGUCUGGAUGUGAGUCCAAGUUUAGUUAAAACACAGUCUGAACCGAGCGGACCGGCCCACAGAGAGUAGAAUCAGCUUUGGUAACGGGUCGGACCUGAAGACGCUCUGACCACAGACUUAAAGAGUAUAAAGUCAGGAGAUUAGGGUUAGGUUUUGCCAGUUUAGGAAAAAGGUGCAGCAUUUGUUGAGAGCAGAUUUGUUUACAAGAAUGAAAUGUGUUUGUGUGGUGAAAGAAACAGAUUCAGAUCCCAGGAGGCAUUUCUUUUUCUUUUUUCAGUCAGAAUUUCAAAAACAAACACAUCAGAACGAUCAGGCGAAUCGGAGCAGCGUCAGCAGUGAUGUGGACGCUGCUCUGAUCAGUCGUGGUGAAGAAAGAGCUGAGCUGUAAGGCGAGACUCUCGAUCUACAUGCCGAUCCUCACCUAUGGCCAUGAACUUUGGGUAAUGACUGAAAGAACAAGAUCGUGGAUACAAGCGGCCAAAAUGGGUUUCCUUCGCAGGGUGGCCGGGCUCAGCCUUAGCAAUAGGGUAAGGAGCUCAGACGCUCCGGAGGCACUCAGAGUAGAACUGCUGCUCCUCCAUGUCGAAGGGAGUCAGCUGAGGUGGCUCGGGCAUCUGGUUAGGAUGCCUUCUGGACGCCUCCCGUUAGAGGUGUACAGACAUGUCCCACCGGGAGGAAACCUCGUGGCCAGCCCAGGACCAGGUGGAGGGAUUAUAUCUCUCGCCUGGCCUGGGAGUGCCUGGGAAUCCCCCCGGAGGAGCUGGUGGAAGUGGCUGGGGUGAGGGCUGUCUGGGCUUCUCUCCUGAAGCUGCUGCCCCGCGACCCAGACAGGGUCAGAAAACUGCGGCAUUAUUGGAUGCACUCUGAAACACUAAAAUGUAAACAUGCACCGAUAAAUCGGCCAGCCGAUCGAUUGGCGCCAAUUUCCUCAAUUAUGGGUGAUUGGUGAUCAGCUGAUCCUUACAUAUGAAACUGAUUUUAUCCUCCGAUCUUAUCGACCUCAGCAAAGGUCUGUAAGUCAGCUGUUGUAGCUUUUUGCUUUGCCAGAAUGACAGGUCCGCCCACCAGGUCACGUGUGCGUCAGCGACACACACAACAGUCAUCCGGAGCAUGAUCAGCCAAGCAUGUUGAACCAACUACAAGGAAACCUAAAACUCAGGACAGUUUAUUGGUGGUUUAAGUUGUGUUGUUAGUUUGUCCUAUAGAUUAUCAUUUUACUACAUUUUUCUCAAACUUUGUGAUUCCCUUUAUUUGUAAAAGUAGAAUACUGCUGUGCACUUUAUUUUGGUAAGAGGCUCCAAACAGACCUGCAGUCUGACCUGUUGGGUAAGUAUUGUUAAUUUUUAAAAUGUGGAAAAUAAAAGAUUAAAGGAAAAGAUAUAAUUUAGUAGUUUGGACAGAAAUAUUCUAAACUUUUCAUUUAUGUUUGCGAGAACUAACUCGUGCAGUUAAACACAAAAAGUUUGAAUUUUUCCACAAGUAUUUUUCAAUGUUAAAAAAAGAUUGAAGAUUUAUGUUUUCAGUAAUAAAAAAAAAGUCAGUAUCAGCAGGUUAAUCUUUUUAAAGAUCGGUGAUCGGCCAGAAAAUUGUGAUCGAUGUUUGUUUGUGUGUGUGUUUGUUUCUUGUUUGUUUGUAUGUUUGUGUGUGUUUGUUUCCAGGCAGCAAACCUGCAGGGUGUGAAGAUGUUGUGCACAAACGCUGAAGGAGCGUCACUGAGAGGCUGCAACUUUGAGGAUCCUGCAGGAAUCAAAGCCAACCUGGAGGGUGAGGCAGCCAAUCACAAGACAGACACACCUGUACCAGGUGAGCUAUACCUUUCAGGUGUGAAAAGUGUGUGUGUGUGUGUGUGUGUGUGUGUGUGUGUGUGUGUGUUCAGGAGCCAACCUGAAGGGCGUGGACAUGGAGGGCAGUCAGAUGACAGGGAUCAACUUGCGAGUCGCCACGCUGAAGAACGCCAAACUGAAGAACUGCAACCUGAGAGGAGCCACGCUGGCUGGGACGGACCUGGAGGUGACACACACACACACACACACACACACACACACACACACACACACACUUAUGUGCUGCUGGAGUAAGCCUGCGAUACAUUCAGGUGUCAUCUAUUUUUCUCAGAACUGCGACUUGUCGGGGUGCGACCUGCAGGAGGCGAACCUGAGGGGCUCAAACGUGAAAGGGGCGAUCUUUGAGGAGAUGCUGACUCCUCUGCACAUGUCUCAGAGCGUUCGCUAAAACGAUGAAAAACCUUUGUUAUCACAGUGCUUUAAACCGCGGGAGGAGUGUCAGUGAAUGUUACACACAUGUGGGUUCCAUGAUGGAGGAUUAUAAACCAGUGAAAUGACGCCAAACCAAAACAACCACAUGAUAACACCGCUCAAAGUCACAGCUUUGUAUUAGAGGCAGACUUUUAUCUGAAACUCUCUCUGAGCGAGAACUGAUAAUGAUUACCUGAUUCACAAAAGGGUUGUGCAGCCUUUGUGUCCACUUAAGUCGUGUGAACAAACCACAAAAAUCAAUAAUCACGCAAUUAUUUGGAGGCGAAUAAGCCUCAAGCACCGGCACUUAAAGGACAAUUCCUACUCUCGUGUUUCCUCUCUAACAAGCUGCUCUUUGCUCACUCACUCUAAGAACUAAUCUGGUUAUUAACUGUGAAGUUUGUUGUAUUUUCCAUGAAUCAGCUCAACAGUAACAUGGUGAGGACCUUCCUCCUCCUAGCUCCUCAUAUUCUGUAUGUGGGAUGAGUUUAGCUCUGUCAGGAUGAGAGUGUGUGGUGCAGCUCUGAGCAGCAGAGAGUGGAGAUGCAGACAGUCAUAAAAGCUGAUUUUUAUCUUCUAAUCAGAUGUCAUUAAAACAAAAAAAAAAAUCAGCUAAAAGAAAACAAAACUCUGGGGUUUUUCUUUGGCUGUAUCUCCUGGAAAAGUCCCGUUUUAAUCACGGAUCCCACGUGUUUGUUUCGAGCACCGACACAGUUUUCUCUCCUGAUUUCACUCGACUGAUGAAUGCCAAACUUCAUCCUCUGCUCUGAACCAAACACCAACAAGUGUCCAUUAGUUUUUUUUUUUUUUUUUUACUCCUUUCUUUGCUGCCAUUAGAGGACAAAAAAUGGUUUUAUUUGUUUUUUUAAAAACAAAUUUGUGUGUCUUAUUAGGGGAAGCAUCCUUCUGUUUUUGUAGGUAACGUUGAAUGUUAACAGGUUUCUGAAUGUAGAUCUGCUUUGUUUAGGAGACAAAGUCUUGAUAUUUAUUAGCCUUAAAAAGUGGUCAGAGAUUACAGUUUGAUUUAGUGGAAGUGUUACAGUGAUGACCAGUGGAAUAUAAAGUCUUAUUUUAGCUAAAGGUUAAAAUAUUCAGUCUUAAAGAGGAGUAAAUACUGAAGCUUAAAUGUGCCAAAAACAUAAUGAGGUUUGGUUACAAAGGAGCCUUUAAUUAAACCUAAUUUCCUCAAAAUCCCCCAAAAAUAUACGACUCAAACUUUUAUGAUCAAAGUGAAAAAAAGGUGAAGAUGAUUUAUUGUAUCUUUGAAAACCAUGAACUGGUGAAAUGAUCUUUAUUUUUUUAGUUUUGGUCGGUGUUUUUGUCUUUAUAGAGACCACAUAUUGAAACAGAACCAGUGUUUGUGUGAUAACAUGUAAACCUGAACAAAGUCCACCUCAGUCUGACAGGUGCUCACUCACCUUUACUGUAUCUGUUGUGUUUCAUAUUUUGUGGUAAAGGUAUAGUUGCCUUUAUAAACCGUUAAAAUGCAGAAAUCAAAGACUGUGCACAUUUUUAUCUCCAGUAUAGAAGACACAUGUUAAAUUUGAUGUGUUGAGAUGUGAAACAUUGACUCACUGCUGUUACUCCUGCUGUUUUUCUACAUGAUGUUUGGUGUUUAUUAACGACCACCGUGAACAUUUAUGUAAUUCGUGUCAGAUCCUGCUGAUUGGUGGUUUAACUGCCUGUUUUUUUUCUCUUUUCAUCACGCUGUACCUGUAAACAUAUGUGAGAAAUUAACCCACCGAGGUGCUAAACCUGAACCUGAGCUCUCAGUCUGUUCUGCUGUUCUCUUUAUUUGAUCACGUUCAAUAAAUGUUUGGUAUUUUUUUUUCUAAAAAA